AUGAAGAUGCAUCUUUUCUUCUUUGUCAUCUUUGUUCUUGUGACUCACUGUGCCCAAGGAAAAAUAGAGAAAUGCGACCGAAAAAUUGACCUGGCGGUCGUUUUGGACGUUUCAGGGAGUAUUAAUGAUGAAAACAUAAGCCUUGCAAAGAAAUUCGCCAAAACACUUCUAAGACGAUUCAGAAUCUCCAGAGACAACGUUCGUGUAUCAUUUGUGGCGUACUCGGAGUCGGUGAAGAUAUAUUCCACGUUCGAGGACGACCAGGAGGAAGAAGGGCUUGAGCAAAAAGUGAACAAUAUGUUCUUUGAAGGAUCUUCCACAAAAACAAGGAAGGCUCUAAGUGUAUUAAACAAUCAACUGUUUGUUCAAAAGCAUGGCUCAAGAAUCGAGGAGUCUGAUGUAAGGAAAGUUGCUGUUAUUCUCACAGAUGGAUUCAGUUUCAUCGGACCCGAAGUUGUAAAAAUAGGAGCAGAUGCUCUGAAAAAGAGAAGAAUCGAAGUGUUUGCGAUCGGAAUUACCCAAAGAAUUGGGAAAGAAGAGUUGACAAACCUAUCCAGCAAACCUGUUGAAAACCACUUUUUUAGGCUAAACAAUGAUAAAUCUCUUAAUCAUAUAAUUGAUCAUAUUGUUAAAAACAUUUGCAAAUAGAAAAAUCAAUUAUGUGACACGUA